GUUUACUAAGUGUUUCUUUGAAACAACCAAUUUUGAAUUUAUUCCAGUUAUAGUUUAUUAGUUUACCUUCUUAUUUACAUUUAGAAGACAUCAAGGCUGCCUAAAUGGAUAUAAGAAACUGGUUCCAAAAAGGCAGAAAACCUCUCAAACGUAAAAAGGAUCAAGAUGACAGUAGUGGAAGUGGAAGCAAUGAUGGUGAUGAAGAUGGAACUAAACUGACCGAACCAUCGGAUUCGGAGUCGAUUAUGGAACAAGGGUCUAGUAAUUCUUCACCUCUACAUGUAGCUGUCCCUGGGACUGGGACCUCUAAAACAAUUGAAGAAUACGAUGGCUACCAUGAAAAUGACAUUGGUCGUUAUGUUGGUCACGCCCUUAAGUUGCUACCAGAAAUAAAGAAGGAAUUGCUUACAAAUCCCUGGGUUCCACCAUCAAAAUACGAUUUUGGUUCUGAUGCCAGCCAUCUGAAAAGAAAAUUUAACCACCGCUGGUUAGAUCAAUAUACUCCUUGGUUGGUGUACUCAAGUCGUUUGAAAGGUGCUCUUUGUAUGCAUUGUGUUCUGUUUCCUCCUGGUAUUGCUACAGUUAAAGGAGUUUUGGGGUCAUUCAUGGUAAGGCCAUACAUGAAGUUUAAAGAUGUACAUGAAGAUUGUAGAAAGCACAUCGGCAGUCACUACCACAAAACUUCAACAGCUGCUGCAAAAGCGUUCCUUGAAAAUGUUCCAGUUGAUGUCCAGUUGCAAAGUGGUCACCAGAAGAUGAUUGAAGAAAACAAACAAAUAUGUCAUCAAUUAUUUCUUGUAUCAUAUUUUGUGGAACUCAUGAUUUGCCGCUUUGAGGAAAGGAAGGAGAUGAGGGGGUUUUCUUCGACCUUUUAA